UUCACCGAGAAUGAGCCAUUUAUGCGUGUGACGUCAUCAGUCUAUGGGUGGGUUUUUCCGAUCCCGAUUGCGGUUUCCGAGAAUCAGGCGCUGGAUCUCGUAUUGCCAAACGAGGACAUUGAACAACAAAAUGGCUAAUUUGUGGGACACUAUUGCGAACUUAAAAUUACCGAUACCAGAACCAUCUGAAGGGGCAGAUGAUUGACCAACACAAGGAGGCACCAUCAGGUCCGAAGAUGCUUCGGUACAACCCCGGGUAUGACAUAAGUGUGCUGAAGGAGGUCCUUCUCCUCAAUCCUUUUGAUGACGCCAGUAGAUGGGAUGAGAUUGCAAAGGCCUUUAAUAAAGAGCUCAUGAAAAGGCGCCCCGAUGUGCAGGCCGUCAAUAGUAGAUCAAUCAAGGAGAGGGUGGAGAAAUUGUUGAAAGCUUUUAAAUCAGAGCAAAUGGCGGCACUGAGAAUAUCAGGAACAGCUGAAGAAUACACAGAGAGAGACAGCCUUUUGACUGAGAUAUCUCAGAUGAAGGAUGAAUCGCACGUCAAAAAAGCCUCUGAGACAAAGUGUUCCGAUGACAAAGACAUCAUAAAACAGGGGGAGGCCGUAAGGAAACAUGCCAUGGAAGGCAUGGCAAAAAAAGAUGACUCUACCCCAUCGAAAAAGGUCAGGAGAACACAAUCCAUGUCUGAGUAUGUAGAGUACAAAAAAGCAGAAAUUGAGCUUAGAAAGGAAGAGUUGGAGGUCAGAAAGCAGGAACUGCAAAUGGAAAGAGAGGAGAAAGGGAGAAUGUUUUCGAUGAUGAAGACCAUGCUUGAGAGUAUGAAAAAGUAGUGUUAUCGUUGUCUACCUAUUUUGUUCAAGGGACACUUUUUCUUAACCACCCUGUAGGCAGAAUGACUGUUACCAAUUACAAUUACAAUUACAAUAACUUUAUUAACGUAUAACUACAGCAAGUUACCAGUCUAGCAGCUGUUGAAAAUUCAUCUGACUUUUUUUGGAUGAACUUUCAUCCUGAAGUGUUAUUUUCGUCAGAUGAAUUUUCGUCCGGUUUAGAGAGUGUUCAUUUCUAAACAACUCAUUUGGGUGAACUUUGAUCAUUUCACUGCCAACACGACCAAUAGGUCAGUAGUUUGAGAUUUGUCAUAUAGUUUAUUUUG